AUGGGUCUGUCAGUUCAAGAGAGGGCUGAGAAGAUGGUGAUGCGGUGGCUCAAUGCUUUAUUUUUCAUCUGGGUUCACUGUCGUAUGUGCAGGACAGAGUUCGAGCUGACUUUGCUCCACACGAAUGAUGUUCACGCGCGAGUGGAGGAGACCAACAAGGACUCGGCCAAAUGCACCAAGCAGCCUUGUUUCGCCGGAGUCGCGCGGAGAUUCACGAAAAUCAAAGAAGUUCGCAGCAAGGAGAAAAAUGUCCUUCUGCUGGACGCGGGCGAUCAGUUUCAAGGGACCGUCUGGUUUAACUUCUACAAAGGCGCGGAAGCGGCGCAUUUCAUGAAUAAACUCGGAUAUGAUGCGAUGGCCUUAGGAAAUCAUGAAUUUGACAACGGAGUCGAUGGUCUCCUGAAACCUUUCCUCCAGCAAGUGAACUGCACUGUUCUUAGUGCGAAUAUCAAAGCCGAUCAAACGAUUGCUCCUCAGAUCAGCGGCUUCUACCUCCCGUAUAAGAUCUUCACUGUUAACUCCGAGAAAGUGGGCGUUAUUGGUUACACGUCAGUGGAGACCCCUGCUUUGUCUCUUCCAGGCCCCCAUCUCCAGUUUGAGGAGGAGGUUGCUGCUCUACAGCCUCACGUGGACAAACUCAUCACUUUGGGUGUUAAUAAGAUCAUCGCCCUUGGGCAUUCUGGGUUCAAAGUGGACCAAAACAUAGCAAAGAAAGUCAGAGGGGUGGAUGUUGUGAUUGGAGGGCACACCAAUACAUUCCUAUACACAGGAACGCCACCAUCCACAGAAGUUCCUGCAGGAACAUAUCCAUUCAUGGUCCAGUCAGAUGAUGGGCGGCAGGUUCCCGUGGUCCAGGCCUUUGCUUUCGGGAAGUAUCUGGGAUUCCUAAAAGUGACUUUCGAUUCAAAUGGAAAUGUGGUGAAAUCUUCAGGCAAUCCAAUUCUUCUGGAUAACUCAACAAUACCAGAUCCAGUCAUUCAGGCCGAAGUGGACUCUUGGAAGAAGAAUCUGGCCAAUUACUCUGCUCAGUAUGUGGGGCAGACUCUAGUCUAUCUCAAUGGAACGACACAGGAAUGUCGAUUUCGUGAAUGUAAUUUGGGAAAUUUGAUCUGUGAUGCCAUGGUCCAUAAUAAUAUUAAACAUGCUGAUGAAACCCAGUGGAACCAUGUCAGCUCUUGUAUCCUAAACAGCGGCUCCAUUCGAGCACCUAUUGAUGAGCAAAGCAGAAAUGGCUCCAUCACAAUGGAGGAUCUGACCGCUGUGAUGCCGUUUGGAGGUACGUUUGACCUGGUCCAAAUGAAUGGAUCUACUCUGAGAGAGGUCUUUGAGCACUCCGUUCGCAGACACGAAGGCGGCCAUGGUGAAUUCCUACAGGUGUCAGGGUUUCAGGUGGUGUACGAUUUAUCCAAAUUGCCUGGAAACCGUGUUCAAAGUGUGAAUGUGCUCUGCACUCAGUGUCGAGUGCCUCGCUAUGAACCUCUCAACCCAAAAAAAGAGUAUAAAGUGGUGAUGCCCUCUUACCUGGUGGACGGAGGAGACGGAUACUCUAUGAUCAAAGAACAGAAACUCAAACACGACAGCGGCGACCUGGAUUUAGCAGUGGUUGCCAGCUACAUCUCAGAGAGGAAGAGAGUUCACCCGGCUCUGGAAGGACGUAUUCAGUUCACUAGCUCUUGCAUCGGGCUUCGAGGAUACAUGUCUACUAUUCUGCUGGCGGGGGUACUCUGGGUCGUGUUUGUUUAGUCAUUUAUUAUGUAACCGUAAGAAAAAAUGAUGUAGCCAUUUGUGUGUAAUUGUACAGUCAGAGAGAAAAAAGGAAACCUUUAAUCCAAAGAUUAGUUACGGUCAAAUAAGCAAACAGAUUAACUGUGACGUAGUAAUGAUGAAAGAAAGUUACACAAGUUCUUAUUCUGUAGAAAUCUUCAAUACAGGCACUUUCCAUAUCUUUUUAAAAUGUAUAGAAUUUAUAGAGGGUAUUUUUAUGCUGAAUCUCACAAAAAAAUGUCCAGAUCAUGUUUCACUCCAAAAAAAAGCCCAUUUUUAGGCCCAUUAAGACACUUCGGUAAUAUCCUAAUCCUAACUUCAAAUGAUUGCAUGAUUAUUUUGUAUUACACGAAUGUUAUUCUUUAUCCAAAAUGUACUCAUAUUUUCUUCUCAAUUAUGACCUGUACAUCUUUUCAUGAGAUUCUUAUAAAAAAAAGUGUAAAUUUAUUUAUCUGUGUUUGUUUCUUGAUGGUGAUUACAUUGAAUUAUACGGCACAGCUUGUGAUGAUUAGAGAUAGUGGAUCUCCAGCCUCUUUUCCUAAGAUAGCUAUUAAUAUUUUUAUAAAGCAUUUAUUUUAAAUAAUUAUAUAUUUAAAAUGUGUGUGUGUGUGUGUGUGUGUGUGUAAAACACAUAACAAGGGACGAUAUAUUAAGGUUUGAUUUACUGAGCACAAAGCCAGAACAUUUACAAAACAUUUUAUUUUCAGUACUUUGCCUUUGUACAUGACUGACAAACAAUAUGAAAUGCCGUCUUUUUCACUUGUCUUCAUCUUUUUCCUUUUUGAGCAUCUUCAGGGACUUGUAAAAUGGUUUAUUUACAUCUGAUCUGGAGAAUGUUAUCAUGCUGAUAAUGACAUUGUGUGUUGAAUCGCGCAUAGUCUACUCGAUGUUAUAAUGCUGUUACUAAACUGGAAAAAUAAGGCAGGCCUCCAAUCAUUCAAUGAAAAGCUAUGGUAUACAAACCCCAUUAAAGUCAAUAAAUAAAUGUGUUUUUAGUAGUGCAAUAAACGCUUUAUAAUGUC